AGCACACUGGAAAACAAGAGCAGGAAAGGUUUCUCUAAUAAAUACAGGAGUGUGAAGCAUCUUGUUCAUUAACUACUGUAAAAAGACCACUUUAUGCAGUGAUGCCCAAAAUUUGCUGUUAGAAUGAUAAGCCAUUAGUGCAGUGCAGCAGGAGCUUACAGUGUGGCUUCCCCGAAGUAACUGCCUGCUUCAUCUAUUAGACCUUGUUAAGUAUGCCGGUAAAGCAGUAGUUACCACUAGUCCUGAGGACAUGAGGAUACAAAGGACUUGCGAAAUCAACACUACGGGAAUGGCUAUUGCAAAAAAUCGUGGCAUAUGGCCUUUCUCACAGGCUGGCUUGAGCUUGAGCUCAGAAGUACCCAGGCUCUUAUUUUGUUACGACUGUUCAUUUUGGAUCACAAGCAUCUGGUAAAGUAAUAAGUGGAGAGGAACAUUUUUCAAGCAAGAAGUGCCUGGCUUGGUUUUAUGAAUAUGCAGGUCCUGAUGAAGUUGUAGGCCCUGAAGGAAUGGAAAAAUUCUGUGAAGACAUCGGUGUUGAACCUGAAAAUAUUAUUAUGUUAGUUUUAGCCUGGAAACUAGAGGCUGAAAGCAUGGGGUUUUUUACCAAGGAAGAAUGGUUAAAAGGAAUGACCUCAUUACAGUGUGACUGUACAGAAAAAUUACAGAGUAAAUUUGACUUCUUACGGUCACAGUUGAAUGACAUUUCAUCCUUUAAGAAUAUCUACAGAUACGCCUUUGAUUUUGCAAGGGAAAAAGACCAGCGAAGUCUUGAUAUUGAUACUGCAAAGUCCAUGUUAGCUCUUCUGCUCGGAAGAACUUGGCCACUGUUUUCAGUAUUUUAUCAAUACCUGGAGCAAUCGAAGUAUAGAGUUAUGAACAAGGAUCAGUGGUACAAUGUACUAGAGUUCAGCAGAACUGUCCAUGCAGAUCUUAGCAACUAUGAUGAAGAUGGUGCAUGGCCUGUACUUCUGGAUGAAUUUGUUGAAUGGCAGAAAGUUCGUCAAGCGUCAUAGCAAGAAUUCAAAAGAAAAUGCAAACGUUUUUUUUUUGGUGCCCGCCUGUACACAAAGUAAUGAGAAAAACAAAGGAUUGCAUUUUCAUUGAUAAAAAAGACUUGACAGUAAUUUUUUUUCCUUUUUUAAGGAGACUUUCUUGUUACAUGUGAUAUGGGCAUUGAACCACACCUCUUCUGAGACUGAAAGUUGGAGUUCUUGUUUUGAGUCUUAUGUUUAUAGCAUUUACUUCAGAACAAUAAAGAUUCAGAUUUGUGACAAAGGCCUAAAAGUGAAGGAUGUCCCUUGAA